CCCAGUAAUCUGGCUGUUAGCGUAUUCAAAUAAAACAUUGAUAACAACAUUAAUGUAGUCUGUAUCUUAGUUGUUGUCAACAAGGCAGUAUGGUGAGACCAUAUCUGAAGCAGACAUGGGCUGUCCAAGGAGUUCUCUUAAAUAUGUUCGGGCAGGGUCUCGUACUGAGUUACACGUCAUGCUUGCUGCCAGCACUUCAAUCACCAGAUUCUGACAUUCCACUGGAUUUGCACAUGGCAUCAUGGGUAGCGUCUUCGAUUGGAUUGGCAGGAGUGCCUGGAUUCUUGAUAUCGUCCAUACUUAUGGAUUGGAAGGGUCGACGAAAAGCACAUUUGAUUGUUUUACUACCCGCAAUUUUGGGUUGGCUGAUUAUUUACUUUGCCUCAAACAUCUCUCUAAUACUCGUCGGAAGGCUUCUCGGUGGAUUCACUUGUGCAUCGACAGUUUGCCUGGGAGCUGUAGUAAUCGGUGAAUAUACAAGUCCCCAGAACCGUGGUAUGUUCUUGAACCUCAAAACUGCUGCAGUGUGCAUGGGAAAUAUGACCGUCCAUAUUCUUGGAAACUUUCUUCAUUGGAGGCAAAUAGCACUAAUAGCUGUUAUACCCACAAUCAUUUCAUUCCUAAUAACGCUGACUUGGCCAGAAAGCCCAGCGUGGCUAGCAUCGAAUAGAGAAUUUGAAAAGUGUGAAAAAUCGUUUUAUUGGUUAAGAGAAAAAAGUGAAGAAUCCAACAGAGAAUUGGAGGAAAUGAUAAGAGCGCAGAAAGAAAGAUUUUCCGAAACUCCAACAAAAACUACAUUCAGGGCAAGGAUUGUAGACUUUCUACAAAAAUUUUUGAGGCGUGACUUCAUAAGACCAGUAACAAUCGUAUUUUUUGCGGGAAUGCUUUUAGAAACCUGUGGGAGGCAUCUAUUUCCUGCGUAUGCAUUACAAAUAGUUGCUAACGUAACUGGUGAAAAAACUAAUUCAUUCUACUUCAUAUUGGCCAUUGAUAUUAUAAUUACAACGAGCGCUUUGUUUGCUUCUAUUCUUGUAAAAGUAUUUAAAAGGCGUACAUUAUUAUUUGCUAGUGGUUUUUCUAGUCUUUUCAUUCUACUGACAGCAUGUUUAUACUUAUUUUUGGUAUCCAGAGAAAUCAUUUCUAAAGAUUAUCCGUGGAUACCUAUCGUCUUAUUUGUAAUGUAUUUUAUCAUAUCUAAUCUGGGUUGCACACCUAUACCCUUAGCAUUAUUAGGUGAAGUCUUUCCUCUACAACACAGAGCAGCGGGGGCAAUUGUUUCUGGCUUUAUAUUGUCCUUUACUCUAAUGUUUGCUCUUCAAUUAACUCCAUAUUUGAUGGCCAGCGUUAAGGUAUAUGGCACUUUUAGUUUUUUUGGUAUUCUAAUGGGAAUUUCCCUUGGAGUAUUAUAUUUCAUUAUGCCAGAAACGAAAGAUAGGACGUUGCAGCAAAUUGAAGAUUACUUUAACCAUACUAGACGUAAUAAUGUAAAGGAUGACGUAGAAAACGUGCAGAAAAAGAUGCUAAGUAAAAAUGAUCAUUGAAGAUAUCUCAAUUGUGAUGAAGUAUUAAGAAUAUUUCUAAUUAAGCGUAUAAUUCUUUAUUGAGUAUAAGUUUUUAGAUCCAAUGUUUCUCAUGUAGAAAUUAAAGUAAUCUAGGUUAAUUAAAAGUAGGUACUGCAGUGAAAAGAAAUGAGAAAGAAUAUUAUUUAGCCAAAUAGAAGCUCCGUGCCGUUGUGUAUCCUAGAAGAGUUGUAAGUAUGUGACACACGUUUUUUGUGGCCAUAUUGGCAUAUGGCACCAUAGCUCGACGGACAUAUGGCCGUUGGGGGAGUAAAGUUCUUGAAUGGCGACCACGUACCGGAAGACGCAGUGGGAGCCCCCCCCCACAAGAUUGACCGACGAUCUGGUCAAGAUCGCCGAAACACGUUGGAUAACGCGCAGGACUGAUCGUCAUGGCAUUCUUUGGGGAAGGCCUUUGUCCAGUAGUGGACAUCUUCCAGCUCAGGGGCGUGCAUAUCAUAUAGGCAGUGCCUACUUCGUUAUGAACCUAAAUAAAUAAAGCACCAGUGUUAAAGUUAUUUUACUACCUACGGUAGGCAGUCUACAGAUUGCAUAUACGAAGCAAGCAGCGUUUCAUACAACUUAUGUCGUACUGUCGGACUAAAGCGUAACUCCGACUAGUUAGAUCUACAGUGCCUACCUUGCUAGAAAACUAAUGCACGUCUCUGUUCCAGCUGAAAUGGUCAAAUAAUGAUGAGAACUUGAUCGAACCAUUUAAUAGUAUCUUAUAUCUAUUAAACCCGCAUAUGUUUUCAAAACAAUAGUACUGAAUGAUAGGUGGAUAGGGCCAUCGUCCGAGAAAGAAGAAAAUCUCUAACGGAGAUACAGCAAGAUAGAAUGCUAAGCGAAUGGACUGUAACCAAAUUUGGUUGAGCGGUCGUAAAAAGUCAACCACGUUUGGCAUUAGCUGCUUAGUAUUUUGAAUAUUACACCACUAGGUUUCAACUCAGAAUUGGUCACGGAUUAUGGGGCUGUGAGGUCGUCUGUGCGUUAAAAUAUUCUACGCUUUGGAGGAAUGAUUGAGAGCGAUAAUAUUUCCAUUACCGUGUGUUAAAUGCUGUCAACCCUGUCUUUAAGAAGAUCUGUUUAUUGGUUCUAAAAAGCUGUAGACAUAUAAAGGAUGACAUGAAUAAGUAACAUAAGACCUACAUAUAAAUUAGGGUAAGUUGUAAAUUGGUUUUAUCAAGUAGAUUGAGAGCACAUUAGAUAAUAUGUAAUAGUAAAUAAAGAAAUUUGAAAUUUGA